AAGAAAAAAAGAAAGUUCCAGAUCAGGGAGGGUCAGUGGCAGGACAGGCUUGUCAUUUCUCUGUCAGAUCCCGUUCCUUCCUUCAUUCGCUUCACCCUUUCUAAGCUCUAAAAAACACACUCCUCCUUUUUACUUUUUUUAUUGGUGGUGCAGAGAAGGAUUUGAAGGCAUUUCUCCAUUGUUGUUUUAUUCAAUUACAAGCUACCUUUUGUUUUGGUGGUUUUGAGAGUGGAAUUAGGGAAAAAAAAUGGAGAAGAGCACUCCAGUGAGGAAACCACACACUUCCACUGCAGAUCUACUCACUUGGUCCGAGACUCCUCAACCGGAUUCCACCUCCUCCGCCGCACGCUCCACCCGCCCUCACCAGCCGUCGGAUGGGAUCAGAAAAGUGGUGUUUGGAGGUCAAGUGACCGAUGAAGAAUUUGAAAGCUUAAACAAACGGAAACCUUGUUCUGGAUAUAAAAUCAAGGAGAUGACCGGUAGUGGUAUUUUUGCAGCCGAUGGAGAAAAUGACGAAUCAGAACCUGGUAGUGCAAAUCCUACUCCAAACAACAAAACAGCAAUACGAAUGUACCAGCAAUCUCUAGCUGGAAUCAGUCACAUCUCGUUUGCCGAGGAAGAGAGAAUUACACCCAAAAAGCCAACUACUCUUCCUGAGGUGGCGAAGCAGCGUGAAUUGAGUGGAACACUACAAAGUGAGGAGGCAAAGUUGAAGAAGCAGCUCUCCGAUGCCAAGUCAAAGGAGCUUGGUGGACAUGACAUCUUUGCACCCCCACCUGAAAUUGUGCCGAGGCCAACGACUGUACGCGCUUUGGCUUUGAAGGACAAUUUUGACAUGGGAGAACCUGAUACACAUAAACUUGCUGGAGGUAGCACGCCAAGUGAGGAGACCGUGGUUAAGACAGCAAAGAAAAUACAUAACCAGAAAUUCGCAGAGCUAUCCGGAAACGACAUAUUUAAGGGUGAUGUUCCUCCAGGUUCUGCUGAAAAACCACUCAGUGUAGCGAAACUGCGGGAGAUGAGCGGUAGCAACAUCUUUGCUGAAGGGAAGGUAGAGUCUCGAGUCAGUAGCGGACGCAAACCCCCUGGUGGGGAAAGCACCAUCGCUUUGGUUUAACUUCAUAGGUCUAACACCGUCUCCGAAACAUGUCAACUUGAACCGUGUUUUUCUGUUAUCUUCAGUGGGGGUGUGUGAUUAUGGGUUCUGGGAAUUAUGUUUUAGGUUUAACAUGUCAACUUGACCUAUGAACCUAUAUGCUAAUUACUUGUUUCAUAA